CUCAUGUGAUGUGCCCGGCCGGGUUGCAGUGGAAACAGCCCAAUAAACAAUGGCUCUCCAGGAAUCACGAGGAAGCGUAGCCAAAGAGUACAAAUUUUGCUGAGACCUUUUCCAACCGAGCUAAGAAAGCCUUUCUCCUUCCACUUUUUUAAUCGACUUCAACAGUUGUUAAUCAAGUAGAACCCCUCUAUGCAACAUCAUCGCAGACGUAAUAUAGAGAUCACACGCACUAUCUAUCACAAGCACUUUAUGCAAUCUCAGCCCAACUACGACUUCUAUCCUUCUCUGUCGAGGAGGAUGAGCAACGGCUACGAGCAUCGUCCUACACCUGUUGCUCGGCCCGCUACAGACUCGUUUAACUUUGCUAUGGCUGCGUCUCCUCGAUUCAGUGGGGUUAAUGCAACACCUCAGCCGGUGGAUGCCGCUGCUGACGAGCAAGCUCCGCUCCCGUUCAGCCGUUUUGCCAAUGAACCCUCUCAUCAAGACUGGGAUUGCUAUCCAAUGGUUUUAAGAAAUGUGAGUGUGUGGGCUAGGCUAAGACAAAAAUUGAUGGGGAGGGGACAUGGCGUGGUAAAAGAAAAUUUGUGGACCGCCUACAUUUUCCUGGUAUUGGCCACACACACUAAGCUUGUUUCUUUUUGGCAGGUUCAAAAUUAUGGAUCCCAAGAUAUGCGUGAUCGUUUGUAUGCUAUGGAACAUUCCCUCAACAAUACUUUGUAGCAAGCCCAUGGUUUUUGGCCUUGUGUAGAAAAGGAUGUAGUGAUUUAACGAAAGGAAAAGUUUUCUAUAAACAAUAAAACCAAGAGUUCAACCUCUGAUCGUCUCCUCCCCUUUUUUUA